UGGCUACAUCUUAGUACUCGUUCGAUUUUAGCCAGGGAAUGCCCUCGGGCUGUAGCCCCGAGCAGGUUCGAUGGUUGGUUCGAUGGUUGGACUCGACCGCCUGUCGUGCUGAACCGAUACGCUAUCGUUUCGGUGUUGGGCUCGCCGUCACUUACACAAUUGCCAUGACUUGCUUCUUCAACGCGUGCACCAACCCCCGGUUGCCCAACGGGACGCAGUGCGCCUUCCACAAGAGCCGCCGCCCGUGCAUCGAGCCCGGCUGCCACAACCAAGUGUUUGCGCGCUCGCGCUGCGUGCGCCACGGCGGCAAGCGGCGCUGCUCCGUGAGCGAGUGCACCGCCAACGCGCGCCUCCACGGCGUCUGCUCGCGUCACGGCGCCGCCCGCGGCAAGCCCAACUGCUCAACUGACAACUGCGCUAGCAUCGCGCACCGCAAUGGCAAGUGCAUCCGCCACGGCGGUGGCCGGCCGUGCCACUUUCCUGACUGCAAAACGCACGCACGGAGCGGCGGGUAUUGCUGGCGCCACCGCCCCGCCACGCCAUACGCGUUCCCAGCUAACAAGACGCUGCACGUGGGUCUAAGUGCUGUCAAGGAAGAGCUCCUCGACGCCUCGAUUCUGGACGCUGUGCUGGCGACGAUGGACGCUGUCGAGCCGUUUGCAUGGCUGUUGCAAGUGUAAGCGAUCAACAUGAACACUGUACUAUAACCUCACA